AUGCAGGCCCUCUCCGACGCGUCUGCUAUCGCAUUCUUGUUCCUCAUGAAGCUCCGCUACGGAUUUGGCGUUGCCGACCUCUGCGCGUUGCUAUCGGCGCUGAUUCCUCGACCUGGCGACGAGUUUGUUGAAGAAAACAUGCUGGCGCCUCCUCCCGAGGAUGAGUGGCGCUCGGCCAAGUCGAUGAAUCCUGGAAAAAUACAGACUUCCACGUCAUCGACCAAGGUGAUGCUGUUCCCAGGGCCUCACCCAGAGGUUCACACCAAGCAUAUGUGGAUGGAGAGACACAAGCCCCAUGGAAAGAGACCUGUGUCGACAUCAAAGGUUGCGGUUUGGGGUUCCUGGUCCCAGAACCAGACGGCCUGGUCGUGCUUGAUAGCGUUUUCGAACAUAGAGACAGCUACUGUAUACUCGGAUAAACUUUCAGGGGUGCUCUCUGGCAGCGACGCUCAGAUGAUCGACAAACUGACCAAGCACUGGGUCCGGGCGUGUUACUAUAUCUGCCGCUUGGGGCUCAACGAUGCGUCGCUGCGCUUGGUAGACACCUCAGAAGCCAUUGACGACCUGCGGUACCUACACGCAGCAGCACCUAAACCUGGAGGCGCCCUUGCGUGCUUGUUGUAUAUGAAUCACCUCGAAUACCAGAAGCGACUGGUGGACUUCCUCUCAGCCAGCCUCGGCAAGUUCCCAACGGACUGGGAGGUCACCCAGAAGCCUGGGUGGACCAAGGAGAUGGCAAAGAAGUGUCGUCUGUUGAGUUCAAAUAUCGACAAGGUCCACAAGGAGGCUAGUAAGCAGCGAAACUUGGUUAUUGAACACUACGGGCUUGCCCAGUCACGCAAUCUCGGGUUCCUCACCAUCCUGGCUUCAUUCUUCGUCCCCAUCACGGCCGUUUCUGGAUUCUUUGGCAUGAAUACGACCGAGAUCAACGGCGGCGCCUGGUCCACCAAGUACUUCGGCAUUGUCGCCGGGCCGCUAACUUUCGUAUCUGUGCUUUUACCCCUCGUGGCCCUCUCGCUCGUCGAUGCCGUGCUGCGCUUCUUGUCGCAGGACAUCCUGCGCCAGCUAUUCACCAACGCCAUACUGCUUGUCGCACUCGCCGCCAACGUCCACUUCGCCAUUGCCUAUAAUGCGGACUGGAGCCAGGGCACCUUGGCAUGGUUCACCAUCGGCACGCUGCUGAUGCCCCUGGGCGCCAUCAUCGUGUAUGUGACCGUCGACCUCGCGCUGCCCAUCACGCAGGCGAUGCGGGUCCGCCGCCGCGGCGACCGAGACCUGGGGUCGACCGUUGCGGAGGCAAUGAAAGUAGUCUUGCGGCAGCAGAAGUGGCGUCUGGCUAUGUUCACCGUGCUGACGGUGGUCUAUUUCGUUGGGUACUACGUAAAUGUGAUUGCUUCUAUCGUCGCGUUGGGACUGUACUAUCUCUACGUUGGAGCGGCGUGGUAUUGGCAUAGAAGGCGCAGCAAGCGGUCCAUGGAGUGA